AUGGAAUCCAAACUUACAAGCCCCUCGAAGGCUGCUCCUCUCUCCGAUCGUUCGACGAACACACACCUCUCGAAUACAAAUAUGGCAAGAGACGUGCCACAGGCGUCAUCCGGAGACUCUGACUUUGACCCCAAGGCUGCAAACAUGAACUCGAUGGAAUAUCACAGACAAGUGCUGAAGGACAAGAUAGAGAGUGGGAAGAGUGAGAAAGGGACAUACGUCUCUCCAUCAGAUGGAAUCAUGAGCCCAUGCACCAAGAAAUUGAGCGAACUUAAGGGAAAGCGGUUCAAGAAUGCUGGCAAGCCGCAAACCCUCUUCGCAAAGGCUAUUGGCAGGAAGUCCAUUGAGAGAAUGAACGACGAAUUCAAGGGCGGAUCACCAUCUUCAGAAAGGAAUGCCUGA